AUGCAAGAGGAAUUGGAAAAGGGAAUAAUCUCUCUGGAUAUUAACGAUACUGCCUCAGACAUCGACAUAACAGAUACGUUUCAGGAGGUCAUCGGAGAAAUAGAUUAUGGUACCGUGGUGAAAUCGCAGCAGUUUAAACUUCUUCAUGGUACACAUGCUUUGGAAGUAAUGAAUCCCAAGCUUGACACAUCUUUGCUACCUACAAUUCAGUUUGAUUUAUGUUCUGUGAAUUCAAUGGAAAAAGUCAACUCCAUCAUUGUCGGGAUUUUUGACGCAUUAUGUGCAUGGCUGGACAACAAUUCCCUUAGUGUAUCGGUAUUUAGUUGUGCAUACAUAGAGAGACUUUUAGUGAAUUACAGACAGUGUGGUGUAAGCGGGUUAGACUUUCACACACAUAGUGGGAACAAACAAGAGCACGAAAAGCAGGAAAAUUCAAUUUCAGAUAUACUACAGUCUAAUGAUGAAUCUAUAAUACUGAAGGAUGCAAUUCUUCGAACAUUUUGUGUUUCAAUUCUUCAGUUUGUGAAGUUCGUGAUUAAGAUGGGACUUGCUGGUGUCAUUUACGAAGAAGAAGAUCUUAAUACACAAACAAUGAACAUGAACAUAAUUCAGGAAGUGGAUUUGGAUCGCUCAGUUUUGGAACUAUCUCGUGUUAUGACAUGGGUUCAAACCCAUACGACUGAGAAAAAUCCAAAGAGUGCUGAUUUUCAGUUUUGUUACGACUCCCUUAAGCUGGUUAAUUGCAUGCUAGAAAUUCCAAAGGUUUUGAACCUAAAUUUGCAGCCGUAUUCGAACAUUAAGAAUGAGAAGUCAAACUCAAGUUCAAAGCUUCAUGAAAUCAGAAAGAAUGUAACCGAAUGUCUUUCUAUAAUUAAAAAACUAUCAAGCCUUACUUCUUAUGUGGAAGGUCUACCGGAGAUACAAGGCUGCUUCAGUACUAAUGUUCAGAAACACUUAGAUAAUUGCAGCCCUCCAAAGCCAGUUGUUCUUUUGAAAUUUGAUGAUACGAUGCAAAAUUUGGACAGACUAAUUACAGACUCACUAGCAGUUUUGAGACUGGUCGAUGUUGAGGAUUCUGUGCAGAUGGUCGAAUACUUGUCAUAUCUUAUGAAUAAAAGGGAAUCAACAGAUGAUGAAGAUGAUAUUCUUGGCAUGCAUGUGGUUGCCCGUUCAGUCUUGCAACUAUUCCUGAUUAGGGAUGAUGAAUCCAUUUUUGGCAGUAAAAAUUAUAACAUCAGCAGUUUGCUGACAGAUUUUAUGACAAAGAUAGCAACACAAAAUGCGAAGAUAUUUGAUAUAAACAAAAAGGAAGUCCAGGUUGCAAUGGGCGAACUUUUGUCCAACAUCAAAUUCCCGUUUUAUAAUUUCUUGACAUGUGUUUCACAGAACCCUGCAAGGCAAAGGCAGAUUUGUGGAAGGGAGAUCAUACUUUGGGACAGGUUUCAAGUGGAUGCUGAAAACUUGGAGUUGAAAUUUAAUAACCUGUUCCCUGAUAAUUUUGAUGGUGCAUCUUUCCCAAUAAUGCCGAUUGCAUCCUUUAUAUACUAUUCGAAGUUGAAGAAAAUGAUCCAGCUGGUACUCAAAAACGUUGAAUUGCAUCUCUACAAAGAUUUAAGCGAGCUCAAUAUUGGCUACUGGGGUGUUUCUUAUUUGAUAGAUUAUCUCCUUCAGCAUUUGAACAGACUUAUAGAUCUAGUCAAGUUAAGACAGAAGCAAGUGAAUAUUCUUUAUGCGUCACUUGGCAAGGCGAGGGGGAAGAAGAAGGAAGAACUUAUGAAGUUGUACAAGAAGAAAUCUGCACCAGUGCCGGAUCUUAUUAGGACACAAAAAUAUCUCGAAUAUGAGGUGAGUAAAUUUUCUAUUUUAAGAGGAAUAAUCGAAGUUAAGCUCGUGGAACUGCAAAUACUUAAUUACUUUGGCUAUUUGAAACUUCCCAGAAUGUGCAAAGUACCAGAGCAAAUGCUUUUCGAGAUCCAAUUUAAACCAAUUCAAUCUGUUGGCGUUCCAGAGAUGCCAAGCUUUGAUGAUUAUCAAAAGACAUUGAAUAGAUUCAAUGAUGCUUUUAAGGAGGUGUUGCGGCAGAAUGACUUCGGAUACUUUAAGAAGUUGAUCACGGUAAAGGCACAUAAUUUAAACGAUUACUUCCACAGUAUUGAAAAACAAUUAAAGGAACUAGGCUUUCCAUCUUUUCUAAGCGAUAUCAUUUCAUCUGAUAUCAAGAAUUUGAGACGCGCUUCGAUUUAUGCCGAACUCUCCAUCAACAAGUUGAUAAGGAUUUUAGGAGACAACUCGGAAAAUCACAAGAACUUGAAUAUAUCGAUAGAGCGCCUGCAUCAAAAUCCUUAUUUUCCGAAUAUUCAAGUUGAAUUGAUGAAGCAGACGUCGGAUGCUCAUAAAACUAAUUGA